GUUCAGAGGUGAGGGAAGGAGAUAAAGAAGUUUUCUUCCGUGUGUGGAAAACAAGUCACAGGCUAGCAACAAGGCAGAGGGACAAAAAUAUCACAAGAGGGGCCCAGAGAGAUGCUGCAUGAAUCCAGUUACGGGGCUGCUUUCAGCCGGUACGGACCAUAAAGAUGCUUGGGUGCGGGACAACAUCUACAGCAUCCUGGCUGUGUGGGGGCUGGGAAUGGCUUAUCGGAAGAAUGCAGACCGGGAUGAGGAUAAGGCCAAAGCCUACGAGCUCGAGCAGAACGUUGUGAAGCUGAUGCGGGGACUCUUACAGUGCAUGAUGAGACAGGUAGAUAAGGUAGAGAAGUUCAAACGCACACAGAGUACCAAAGACUGCCUACAUGCCAAGUAUAACUCUGCAACUUGUGCCACGGUGGUUGGGGAUGACCAGUGGGGGCAUCUACAAGUGGAUGCAACUUCGCUUUACCUGCUUUUCUUGGCACAGAUGACUGCAUCAGGGUUACGUAUUAUCUUCACCCUUGAUGAAGUUACCUUUAUUCAGAAUCUUGUAUUUUACAUAGAAGCUGCCUACAAAGUUGCUGAUUAUGGAAUUUGGGAACGUGGUGAUAAGACAAACCAGGGCAUCCCUGAACUGAACGCAAGCUCCGUAGGGAUGGCCAAAGCUGCUUUGGAAGCAAUUGAUGAACUAGAUCUUUUUGGAGCUCAUGGAGGACACAAAUCAGUGAUUCAUGUUCUUCCUGAUGAAGUAGAGCACUGUCAGUCUAUUCUAUACUCCAUGUUGCCACGGGCAUCCACGUCAAAGGAGAUAGAUGCUGGCCUUCUCUCUAUUAUUUCUUACCCGGCUUUUGCAGUGGAGGAUUUAAACCUUGUUAAUGUAACUAAGAGUGAAAUCAUAUCCAAAUUGCAGGGCCGCUAUGGCUGCUGUCGCUUUCUCAGAGAUGGUUACAAGACACCCAGAGAGGAUCCAAGCAGGCUGCACUAUGAUCCUGCUGAACUGAAGCUCUUUGAGAAUAUUGAAUGCGAGUGGCCGGUAUUCUGGACAUACUUCCUGAUUGAUGGAGUAUUUAAUGAGGACAAAAUCCAGGUACAAGAGUAUAGAGAGGCACUGGAAGGAAUACUUAUUAGAGAGAAGAACGGAAUAGUGCUAAUGCCUGAACUAUAUGCAGUCCCUCCAGAAAAGGUGGAUGAGGAGUAUGAAAAUCCUCACUCAGUGGAUCGUGUCCCAGUGGGAAAGUUGCCUCAUCUUUGGGGCCAAUCAUUGUAUGUCCUUAGCUGCCUAUUAGCAGAGGGAUUUCUUGCUGCAGGUGAAAUUGAUCCCUUAAACAGGAGGUUUUCCACUGGAUUUAAACCUGAUGUUGUGGUACAAGUAACUGUUUUGGCAGAAUCUAAUCAAAUUAAGAAUCUCUUGCAAGACCAUGGAAUCAGUGUUCAGAGUAUUGCUGAUAUCCAUCCGCUCAGAGUGCAGCCAGCUCGCAUCCUGAGUAACCUCUACACUAUGCUGGGCCGGAACAAGAACAUGAAAUUAAGUGGACGGCCACACCGACAUAUUGGAGUGUUAGGCACCUCCAAGCUGUACGUGAUAAGAAAUCAAAUAUUUGCUUUUACCCCUCAGUUUACUGACCAGCAUCACUUCUAUCUGGCUCUAGACAAUCAGAUGAUUGUGGAGAUGCUCAAGACAGAGCUGGCUUACCUCACUUCUUGUUGGAGGAUGACAGGGAGACCAACCCUGACGUUUCCUAUUACCCACACAAUGCUUGUUGAUGAUGGUACUGACAUUCAUCCAGCGGUUCUUGCCACCAUAAGAAAAUUAGAGGAUGGUUAUUUUGGAGGUGCAAGGGUGAAGAUAGGCAAGCUAUCAGAAUUUCUUACCACCUCUUUUCAUACGUAUUUGAGCUUCCUGGAUCCAGACUGUGACAUAAAACUGUCUGAUGACCCUAAUGAAGGCUGUAAUAGUCCUGACAGUGAAUAUGGAGGCUAUCCAGCAGAUUUCUGUGAAAGAGAAAGCCAGGAUGAGCUGGAUCAGUAUAUAAAUGAUGUCCUGCAGAGUACAGCACUGAGGUCAUACCUGCCUCCAACUUCAAAGACUGUGAAUCAACCAUCUGUGUUCAGUGCAAACCAUUCCACAAAAGAGAUACUGUCAAUAAUGGCCAAGACAAAGGGCUUGGAGGUUCCAGCUGUGUCUAUGUCCCUUCCCACUAAAGUUCUGAACACACACCGGAAGUCUCUGAAUCUUGUUGAUAAUCCUCAUUUCUUUGAGACAAAGGACCGUGAAAAUGUUUUGCACUUACCUAAAGAUGCACAUGGUGAUUUGGAUUGCAGGAAGCUUGUUGAGCAGCUGAAAGAAUGUCCAACGCUCCAUGAUCAAGCAGAUAUCUUAUAUAUCUUGCAUAUAUUAAAGGGUGCUGACUGGGACACAGAGCUGGAUGGACAGUACGGCGUCACUGUUCAUUGCCUACUCAAUGAGCUCUACAGAAAGGCAGGCCUCAAUCAAGAGUGGGGUUUAAUCCGUUAUAUUUCUGGUAUACUCAAAAAGAGAGUGGAAGUCCUGGCUGAGGCAUGCACAGACCUCCUGUCGCACCACAAGCAACUGACAGUGGGCCUGCCACCAGAACCCCGUGAGAAAAUCAUUACCACCCCACUGCCACCUGAGGAGCUCAUAGAUCUUAUUUACGAAGCCAGUGGCCAAGACAUCAGUAUUGCGGUCCUGACACAGGAAAUAAUUAUGUACUUGGCGAUGUACGUCCGGUCACAGCCUAGUCUUUUUGUGGAGAUGCUCAGGCUCCGCAUUGGUCUGAUAAUUCAGGUGAUGGCCACAGAGCUGGCUCGAAGUCUGAAAUGCUCAGGUGAAGAAGCUUCAGAGAGUUUGAUGAAUCUAAGCCCCUUUGAUAUGAAAAAUCUCCUACACCAUAUUCUCAGUGGAAAAGAGUUUGGAGUGGAAAGAAGCUUGAGACCUGUAGAUUCCUCUUCAUCUAGCCCUGCGAUUUCUAUUCAUGAAAUGGGGCAUUCUGGAGCAACCAAAACAGAAAGAAGUGGUAUUACUAAACUGAAGAGUGAGAUGAAGCAGCUCUUUCAUGAGGGUCACUCCAUGUCCAGCAGCAUGUUUUCUUCCAUGAGGGGUAGUACUCCAUCAUCUCCCACUAGUACUUCUCCUACUGGCUCCAGUGGAGACUCAAGCUGGGGUGACCGGAAAGGGCAGUGGCUGCGCAGAAGGAGGCUUGAUGGUGCUAUUAACAGAGUUCCUGUGGGCUUUUAUGAGAAAGUGUGGAAAAUCCUUCAGAAGUGCCAUGGUCUGUCCAUUGAUGGGUAUGUCCUUCCUUCUUCAACCACCAGAGAGAUGACCCCAUGCGAAAUCAAGUUUGCUGUGCACGUGGAGUCAGUGCUGAACCAUGUCCCCCAGCCUGAGUACAGGCAGCUAUUGGUGGAAGCUAUUCUUGUUCUCACAUUCCUCUCUGACAUUGAGGUGAACAGCAUUGGGGGCAUCAUCCACGUGGAUCGAAUCGUGCACGUGGCCAAUGACCUGUUUCUGCAGGAGCUGAAAUCAUUUGGAGCUACUGGUAGCAUCUUGGAGAAAGACGUAGCCACAGGAAUUUGCCACUUUUUUUAUGACAGUGCCCCGAGUGGGGCCUAUGGCACCAUGACAUACCUAACAAAAGCCAUCAUUAUUUAUUUACAUGAUUUCCUGCCUAGCACAGGCUGUGCGAUGCAAUAAGCGAUGCCUCGUGCAGGAGGGAAGGCUCAGAAGCUCUUUCUCCCCAUUUCCCUGGCAUAAACCUCUUGUUUAGUUGCUGCAUGUAUGUGUGCCGUGCACUACCUCAGCAUUUGACACUGGUCAUCACGCUACGUGCAUGCCUACCUGCGGGGGACGGGCAGGUGGAAUUUGUCUGGCUUGCCUGGGUUUAAGAGAAUGUGUGAGAAAUAACAAACGAUGAGGCUUAUUCUGCCCAAAGUGCAUAAAUGUAAUUCAUAUUAAAUUAGCAAGAAUUAUACAGUUCUGCCAAGGGGAAAACAGAUUACUCUGUGGAGAUCAAAAGGCAGAAAACGAAGGAGCUGUAUCUCAGGCAUAAAGUCUUCCAGAUAAGGGAAGUGAUGGAACUCAUUAAUUUUUCUCCUGCUGUGUGUAAAUGUACAUCAUUGUGAAUCACUAAUGCACAGUGUGAAACAUCCAGGGAAAUGUAAAUUAGAGGAAUAGGAAUAACGUGAAGUAACCAGGUGAUAUUUCUAAUACACAUUUCUCCUGAUUGUCAUCUCAUUUGCACCUAGUCAGUGCAGGGCUAAUGCCAGUAGAGACAAAUGUCUUACAAUAUCCACUAAUUUGGGAGGAGAUCCUCUCUCAGGAAGCUGCAUCUGUCUUUAAUUUGAACAAAAUAGCUUCCUUCCCUGCAUCCCCAAGGCUUCAGAGGCAAAAUCUCCAGACUCCAGCUUCUCCAAGGUGACAGACAGUUUUAUGCCUGUAAUCCUUUUGUCUGAAUGGAGCAAGAUAAACCUCUUCCACUUGAGCACCCUUUCCAAGUCUCCCGAUCCUUUCCCUUGCAAAUAGCCUCAGAGUUAAGAAGGGCAUAAUUGCCACCCUUCCAGUGCAGGAUGAGUUUAUGGAAGGCUUUGAUGUUUAUCUUUUUUUUUUUUUUUCUUUUUAUUUGGAGUCACACUUGUCAUGUGUAGUUAGGGAUGGGCUGCCUGGAAGUCCCCCUUCAGACAGCUCGCAGGUUAGUGCCUCUGCCUUGAAUCUGUCCACUGGAAACCAGUUUCUGCAGUUGCUCUGCGCUGCUGCAAGAAUAGCUGUGUCCUGCAGGGAAAUGGUUCCGUGGCCAUGUAAACUGAAGACAGAGGUGGGCUGCCUCUAGAGGGGAAACCCUCCUUUACCCCAGGCAUGGGCUGCUGUUUUCCUUGUGCUGGCACUGCUGGUUUUGCCACCAGCCAGCACACAUCUGGCUGACAGCUUAAGAAAAUUUUCUGUAGCUUUAGCCUCUCCCGCAGCCACGGGAUCCCUUGGCAGCGUGGAGGUGUGACGGCACUGCCGCCAUGCCAGCAGAGACGAUCAGAGAGAUUCUGUCUUGCCAGGUAGAGGGGAAAAGAGCAGAUAAAGCCUGUAAAAGUGAGUAUUUCCUGUGCUAACAAGCCUGAUAAGGAUAUGUCUGUGAGAACCCUCUCUGCUCUUUCAAAGCAUAACGAUGCUGUUUUUACAGGAUUUGAAAACUUUUUGUUUUUUUGGUAACAGUAGUAUGUGGUGCUUUAUGAGAAUGAGGGUUUUGGUUCCAGUUUUAUACAGAUAACCUGAAAUACCUUGAUGAAAGGAGAGAAGUAAACCCCUGUCUCGCUGGCCAGUUGCCAGCACCUGUGAUUGCGGGAAGGGUAAGCUCCCCCCGGGCCACGCCAGCCUGCCCGCUGUCCCUCCAGAGUUACUGCUGCUGUAACAACGUCUGGAUGCUGGUGCAAGAGAGUGAAGGUGUGGGAGACCUUAGGAGGAGAUUUCUUGGUUUUCCAGAGAUCGGGAGAGUUUGGUGGCCCAAGGGCCUAGGAGCCCUUGGACUGGAUGCUCUGAGAGAAGCACCUACUGUGGUGACCCCCAUGAAAACUGCAGGCCCAUUGGGGGGGCUCAUAUAACGAUACAGUUCAGGUACAAUUGGCACUUGGAUGUGGAUUGCAUUUUAUUGGCAUGGUUUUGUAGGGUUUUGCCUUCACUAUGGAUUUUUUUGGUUUUUUUCAUAUGUAUUGUGAGAGAUCACUUAGGUUGUUUCGCAGUAAACGAAAGUAAAAUCCUUUGUCUAGUUUAAGCUGACAGAUGUGACAGUGCAGAGCAUGAGCACGCAAGAGCCUGUGUGAUGGUUUCUUCUUCUAGUGGCUAUCAUACAAAAAGUCAGUAGUAGCAGUUAUUUUUGCUUUUCUUGUUGAAUCCUAGAUUGAGAGAGAUACGAGACGAUUUUCCCUCAGACUUUAUUUACCUGUGGUGUGAUCUUGUUUUCAGAAACAAGAAGGGUGAUGUAGUUGGUUUUACAUGCAGCUGCAUUGAAGUUUAAAACAAUGGAGCCUAUGGUCAAACAUACCUGGACACCCCUGAACACCUUUUUGACGAGAGUAUCACUGGUAUCUUUAAUUUGAAAUUCGUAGUAUGACCAAGGUUUUGGUAUAUUUAUGAUCAUUGUGAUCAGUUACCACACGGAGUGCUGGCACUUGGAAAGUGUUUAUGUGCUAAUCUGAAGAGUUUGGGUAGCUGGUGGUGAAGGGUGGGAUUCUGAAACACACGGCUGAUGGAAGGGAAACUCGUGUUACCUCCAGGUUGGGCACAGCAGCAACUUGCUGCUGUGUUACUACUUGGACCGAAGAACCAUUCCAACUGGAAAGUCACAUUUCAGUGCAGUCCUAAUUAAGCAACUAAGGUUUUAUGUAGCCCCCAGCUUUGCUGGGGAUCCACCUGUGUGUACAAAAGCAGCAAAGCAGAGCUGGCAUUGGCGGUGGCAGGGGUGCACCCCCAGCUAAAAUACAUGAUGACUUUGCGGUUUGUGUGGGCUGAGCUAAUUGGCAGAGGCUGCACUUGGCUUUUGGGCUUCCCAGGAGAGCCUGCAGAGGAUGACACAGCCAACGUCAAGUCCUGGAAACUCAUUCAUGGAAGGAAGGCAAAGGCAAACAGAUGCAUCCUGUGCCUCAGAACCACGGCAUUAAUGAAUUAAAAUAGUCCCAAGACCCCAUCUUUCCAGUCUGACGGGCACCGCUGCCCUUGGCGGUUUGCGGCUGUGGGGUCAGAGGCACCUGUGCAGCUCAGGGGGUGGGGGGCAGCAGGCAGAACCAGGGCUGGGGGCUGGCACUGGCCAGAACAGCUCCAGGCCAGGUGCCCUCCCUGCUCCCUGUCUCACACGGCGGUUUCCUUCUCCCCACUGCUGUGUGAAGGGCACGAGUCAAACUGGGCAGAUCAGAAGCAUUGUUGUCUCCCUCAGCUGCUGUUCCUACAGGUGAAUGUGAAAACCCAUCAGCUGGGGUACAAAGCUUGUCUGGCUUCUGUCCUGCUCAUUGUCUCCUUCCUCAGGGAGAAAGCCCAGCAUGUUCCUAGGAGGCGGAGGCGAGCUGGGCGGCCCCUGGCAGUCCUAGAAAGGGACGGUCACUUUGCGUGGUGGGCAGCGCAAGCCCUGGGCUGCACCCCUGUGGGCACAGGGUGCUGCAGGGCUGUGGCCCCGCCCUCUCCUUCCCCCCAGCAGCCACCUGGGGCAUCCGUGCAGUGGGAGCCUGGGCCAGUGCAGGCCCAGUGCUGGGCACUGCUGGUGUGGUCUGGGGGUGGGAGCAGAGUUGCCCCGAAAGUGGGGGAGAUAGAGGUGGCGGCGUCUGUACCUGUGGGAGUUUGGGCACUCAGCUGCAGGCUGGUUCAGUCCCUGCUCAAAGGAGUUGUAAUACUAAGUAGCCACUGCAUAAAAUUCUGAGACAAAAAAAAA